GUCACUGUCACUUCCUGCCGAGGAGCCGUGGUACCAGCUCUCGCACCGAGCCAAGUCCAUGCAGCAGUAUUGCUGCCGAGCAGAGUGGAGCUGCUGCUGUGGUCCCAUCGCUGACGGGGAGUGGGAACCACUGGCCUAUCCCUAACCAUGGGGGCUCGGGUGUUGUUCCGGGCCCUCAUCAUGGGUCCUCCCGGCUCGGGGAAAGGCACCGUGUCCGAGCGCAUUGUCAGCACCUUCGGGCUGAAGUACGUCGCCAGCGGGGAGCUGCUGCGGGAUAACAUCCGCAGGAAGACCGAAGUUGGAUUACUAGCCAAGUCAUUUAUUGAUGAGGGGAAUCUGGUGCCAGAUGAUGUGAUCACUCGGCUAAUACUGCAUGAACUGAAAAGCAUAAGUCAAUAUAACUGGCUGCUGGAUGGGUUUCCCAGGACUGUCCCGCAGGCAGAAGAAUUGCACAAGGUUUACCAACUGGACACUGUUAUUAAGUUGAAUGUCCCAUUUGAAACAAUCAAAGAACGUCUGACGUCUCGAUGGAUCCACCCAGGCAGUGGGAGAGUAUACAAUACUAACUUCAAUCCUCCAAAAGUAGCAGGGAUUGAUGACCUCACUGGAGAGCCUCUGAUUCAGCGUGAAGAUGACAAGCCAAAAACUGUGAUCUCAAGGCUCCAGGCAUAUGAAAAACUAACCCAGCCAGUUCUGGAAUACUAUCAAAAUAAAGGCAUUCUAGAAGUCUUCUCAGGAACAGAAACCAACAAGAUCUGGCCUCAUGUGCAUGACUUCCUUGGCAAGAAGUUGCCGGCUCUCUCUGUUAAAUGAAGGAGUUCAACAGCAAGACAGAAGACAGAUUUUCUAUUAAAUGGAUUCGCGAUUGAUUGAAUUAUUAACAGAAGGGAAAAUCCCUGUGAAAAUUAUCAUUUGAUGAUGGAGAUUUUUCUAAGUAUUUUUAGUGGAAGCUUUAUGGAAAUAUUUUAAGAGUACUGUUCAUAAGUGGUUGGUAGACCAAUGAAAAAUAGUCUUAAGAACUGAAACAAAUCCUGCUUUGUUUACAAGGUUGACACAUUGUCUUACUAGUAUUAACUAUUUCCCAUUAAGAUACAGUUUGAAGAGUAUGUAACCACUGAACAAGUGUAAAAGUAACUGCUUCUGCAUGGUGUUGCACAAUAACAUUGUCAGUUGGUUGACUAAAACAAAGCUGAGUCCCUCAAUAAAUGACCAACCAUCUGCAUCUAAUGCAGUAACUAGAGUUCAGAAAGGUUACAUGUUCAAAGCUCUUCUAGAAUUAUCCCGAAUCAUAUCAAGGAGUGUGGUUUCCUGUAGAGCUAUUGAAGAUCUGCCGUGAACCACUUUCUGUCACUGAUCUCAUGAAAACAGUGAAAUGGAAAAGAAGUUGAUUCAGGGAUCUGUUCGCAGAUGAUAUCUUUAAAUGAUGCCGCCAUCUGGUUUAGAUGUUAUGAAUGGCACUCACACCCUUGCUUGGGCAGUAAAGCUUGGCAAUCAGAAGAAUGCUGGAAAUAUUCUGACCAACUGUACCUUUAUUUCCUAUCUUUUAGACCCUUUAAUAUACUUAGUAACAAUCUCAGGCUUUAAAUGGAGAUGAUGUCCGUUGCCACAUGUAGGAGAGUUUCACACUUAUGCAGCUCUAUUGAAAUGCUUUGUAACUUUUUCCUAAAAGUCCCAAUUUUGAUUUUAAGACUGAACUUCCCUGGUCCGAGACCCCCCCCCCAUUACUUCCAAUCUACUUACCCGAUAUCUUAUCCCCUCAGCCUAUGAGUUCCAGUGAGUACUGCAUUAGUUUCUGUAAUUUCUUUAUAAUUUAACGUUUUUGUAUCAUUCUGGGAAAUUAUGCUGUAUUU